GGAAAGAACUGCUAACAGCUUCUGUCUCCUGCAGCAAAUCUCCUUCUACCUCCUUCUUCUAUUUCCUUCUGUCUUACCUCCAUUGUCAGUCCCAUUUUUGCCGGCUGGUCUUCUCUUCAUCACAAUGAUCAUCAUCAUCAGACAGUCUUCCUUUGGCUUCCUCACAUGGAUGGUUGUGUGCAUUACUUUUUCCAUGGCCCAUGCACUACCUACAAAAUCCAGCUGUUUGGCUGUGGGUCCAGAGAUCCCAGACUUCCACACUCAGGGAGAACUAGUGGUCAUCAGAUUCCCAUUUCUUGAAGAUGCAAUUCUGUACUUGAGGCUCCUAGUGGACAACAGCACAUUUCACAUCUCACACAGCGAACAGCAUGACCUCCAAAAUGACACUGUCAGGGUCAUACAGCGGGGGCGAUCCCUUUGGCUCCUCCCCUCACACCCAUCAGAUUCAGGAACGUAUUCUUAUGUACUCAGCAGUGACAUGUUCUGCAUUACCGGGAGCAUUUCUGUGACCAUCUAUGAGACAGGAAGAGAGGACCUGGAUAUGAUGUCAUAUCCUGUCUCUGCACAGCCAGACACAGAUCUGAACAUCAGUUGUCCCCACAUAAAACAUUUCAUAAUGGCUGGAAGUCCACAGUGGUACAAGGGUUUUAAUGUGGGUGCUUUUCCUUUAAUCAGUACUCGUUAUAAGCGGGAAAAAGGAAAUUUGCUUACUAUUACGAAAGUUUCUCCUGAAGACAAAGGUUUAUACACCUGUAAGCUCAAAGUGAUUUUCAAUCACACCCACUACAAUGUUAGCAGGACCUGGAAACUACAAGUAUUAGCCCCGGUUACAAAUAUUCCAGACUCAGGUAGUAAACAACCUACCAAGUCAACAGCUGCUGCAGUGACAUCAUCAGCUAUACUCUACCCUUACAUCACUACACCUGUAAAUGGAUCCAUGAUUGAAAGUCAUUUUGGCUCCAGUUUGGUGAUCCAGUGUAAGGUGCUGGUUGGUAAUCAGUCAUAUGACCACACUGAGGUCACCUGGUUGGUCAAUGGCCGGUCGGUGGACAGUUCAUAUCUGAGUGAGCGAGCAUUUCAAGCAACUAGGAGGGUGUUGCCCAACCAUGUGGUGGUGGAGCUUGUUUUUCUGGAGGUGCAUGAGGAGGACACAAGAGUGGAGCUAAAGUGUGUUGCUCAGAACUUGUCAGGAAAGCAGGAAGUCAUUACACAAGUUACACUGGAAGACUCCAUGACGAUGUGGUUGGUGGUAGCUGCUGUAUCCUCUUGCUUUUUUCUCCUGGUGAUGAGUGUGUUCCUGUAUCAGCUCUGCCCUACAUCACCCAAAAGGAAUAACUACAUACGUGCUCGACAGAACAGCAGCUUUUAAAUGUCUUUCAUCUGCUCAACACAUUUUACUUUUUGCUGGGAAUAUUUCAAAUACACAAAAACAUUUUUUUUUACGCUUUUCAGUUUCAUUUUAGUUUGAUUUGAAAGCCAGCAAACGAGGGUUCACAAUCAAUUGUGCAAUGUCAAGGCAAUGUUUAAAAUAAUAUAUAAAAUUAUAAAAUAUAAAAAUAUAAAUUCUAAAAUAAUUGUAGAAUUCUUAUCCUGAGAAUGAACUACUUUGAUUUUUUUAUUCUAUGUCAGCUUUGUGAAUUUCAUGUUAAAAUCAUUUUCUGGUCUUUUCAUGUAAAUUGUAUGGUACAAGAAUUGUACAAGUUCACAACUUAAUAUCUUUCAAAAUUGUCUGGAAUUGUGGUUCAUGCAUAUUCAUUUAAACUGCAGUGGUAGUCUCUCUGACUUCCUGAAACAUGGCGAUGUUGUAUGCUUGUUGGAGUCAUUUGUAAUAGAAUUUCUUUAGGUGGAUUUACAUCUAGGAAGUAUGUGCAAGUAACAAAAGUGCAAUGUCCAAUUUCUUUUCAAAUGAAUGCUGCAAUACUGCAUUUGGUUUUGUUGGUGAUAAUAGUGAUAAGCAUGUGUUUGUGCAACAUGCCUGAACUUUCAUUGUGCUAGUAAUAAAUGUCAAAAACCGUUGUAAUGAUAGUAAAGCAAUGCAUGUUUGUAAUCUUAAUAAUGGUAUUAAUAUAUUAGGAACAUUCUAAAUAUAAUUUUCAGUAAGGAUUUCAUUUCUUUCCUGCCCUAGAUGUGAUAUUAAUAUUCUAAGCAGCAGCUCCUGAAU